UUCAUUCCUUCUUGACUUCUUUUCUCGUACAUAGUGUUGGUCCUAAUCCUCUAGAACCCCUCUCCCCAUACACAAUGGCUUCCCAGCAGAACGGCGCUACCAACGGCGCUGCCGCCAACAGCUUCACUGUCAAGGCCGGUCUGGCCCAGAUGUUGAAGGGUGGCGUGAUCAUGGAUGUUGUCAAUGCGGAACAGGCUCGCAUCGCUGAAGAUGCCGGCGCCGCUGCCGUCAUGGCUCUGGAGCGUGUACCUGCUGAUAUCAGGGCACAGGGUGGCGUGGCCCGUAUGUCCGAUCCCAGCAUGAUCAAGGAGAUCCAGGAGGCGGUCACCAUCCCCGUCAUGGCCAAGGCUCGUAUUGGACACUUUGUUGAGUGCCAGAUCCUCGAAGCCAUUGGCGUCGAUUACAUCGAUGAGUCCGAAGUCCUCACCCCCGCCGACGACGUCUACCACGUUACCAAGCACAACUUCAAGGUUCCCUUCGUCUGUGGCUGCCGCAACCUGGGUGAGGCCCUCCGCCGUAUCUCCGAGGGUGCUGCCAUGAUCCGCACCAAGGGUGAGGCUGGUACCGGAGACGUCGUGGAGGCCGUCAAGCACAUGCGUCAGGUGAACUCGGACAUUGCCCGUGCCCGUGCCAUCCUUCAGUCCUCUCCCGACUACGAGCCCGAGCUGCGCCAGCUCGCUCGCCAGCUGGAGGUUCCUUACGAGCUGCUCCGCGAGACGGCGGAGAAGGGCCGUCUGCCCGUGGUCAACUUCGCCGCUGGUGGCGUUGCCACUCCUGCCGAUGCGGCACUCAUGAUGCAGCUGGGCUGCGACGGUGUGUUCGUCGGUUCAGGUAUCUUCAAGUCCGGCGAUGCGAAGAAGCGCGCCAAGGCCAUUGUGCAGGCCGUCACUCACUUCCGCGACCCUAAGGUGUUGGCGGAGGUGAGUGAGGGUCUCGGUGAGGCCAUGGUUGGUAUCAACGUCUCUCAGAUGCCGGAGGCCGACAAGCUGGCCAAGCGGGGCUGGUAAAGGACCACAGUCCAAAGUAGUUGGGUUUUCAUCGCGGGCGUUUGAAAAGUUGGUCUAGUGAGACUUAUUGCGUUGUUUACGCCGUCGAGGCGAAUUGUCUGUACAUUGAUACUACUCAUGAGCACCUGAUUUGUGAUUGCAUAUGUAUACUGGCGGAAUAUGAGUAAUAGAAUGGGGUAAUUGAGACAUUAGACUUCGUCAACAUUCGACCGUCUAGGCAACAGAGUGACAGUUCCGAAGAUGGUUCCGAGAAUGGUGCACGCUUGCGAAGCACUAAAUAGCAG